UUUUCAGUCGACUUUUCAGGCCUAAAAUGUUAAUAUUUUGACAAUCAUACACCGACUCGUUAGAGGAUUAUCUACUCGUUGAAUAACUUCAAUCAUGGCCGGAGCGGAUGGCUUAAGAAACCUCGAAUUAGAACCUUUAGAAGUCCCGGACAGAUUUGUAAAGAAAGGCAGCAAAUUCAUAAAAUGGCCGAAGUCAGAUGGAGAUGACUCGAUUGUUGCGACACCAGUGACACUGCGACUCGACCCUAAAGGGUAUAUCUUAUACUGGCAGGAACCAAAUCGGGACACAGAAUGUUUGGAAGUUUCUAGUAUAAGAGAUACGAGGGUAGAAAGAUACGCAAAGAUUCCAAAGUCCGAAAAAUGGGAGAAAGCUUUACAAAUUGCGGAUCCACAAAUAAGAGAAAUUGCUGGGAAUCCUUCAAUCCCUCUAGAAUCAAAAUGUCUCACAAUUGUUUACGGAAUGAAGUUUCCAGAACCCUGUUUUUUAAAUUUUAUCGCCGUAGAAGAAAAUGCAAAUGAAGUUGUGAGGGCUUGGGCAGACUUUCUUCUAAAUCUGGCACAUCAUCCUCUCACUUGGCACAUAUCUGUAGAGAAGAGUAUUGAGAAAAUGCAUGCAAAGUUAAAAUAUGAGACCAAUCAAUUUGGACAAAUUCCUGUGAGAAAAUGCAUAAGGAUGUUUGGUGGAAAUCCAAAAAGAGCUGAAAGUGCUUUACACAAUGUUGGCUUGACUACAAAAGGCAGGAAAGAUGAAACAAUUGAUCCCGAUGAAUUUCCACUUAUUGCAUUCAAGAAAGUUUUGCAAUUGACUUGUCAGAGACCUGAAUUGGAUAAAGUUUUUACACAAUUGGGAGCAAAAAGAAUGGCAUUGUCACUGGAGCAGAUGAAGCGUUUCGUCAACACAGACCAACGUGACCCACGUUUGAAUGAAAUACUCUACCCGUUCAUGACAGAUGAGCAAGUUGAAGCCUUAAUCAUCAAAUAUGAACCGAAUCAUCAUCUCUCAAAGAGAUCUCAGUUAUCUUUGGAAGGACUUGAUGCUUAUCUCCAGUCAGAUGAAAAUCUUUGCGUAUCAUCCUCAAAAUACGGACUAUACCAAGAUAUGAAUCAACCUAUCUCACACUAUUUUAUCAACUCAUCUCAUAAUACAUACCUGACUGGUAACCAGUACAAGAGUCGUUCGACAGCAGAAAUUUAUCGUCAAUGUCUGAUGGCUGGCUGUAGAUGCGUCGAAUUGGAUUGUUGGGAAAAGAACACUGGAACCAAUGAUGAACCUGUCAUUACUCAUGGGUUCACUUUAUGUUCUGAUGUUUCAUUCAAAGAAGUCAUCGAAGCAAUAAAUGAGUCUGCCUUCAAAACAAGUCAAUAUCCUGUAAUUCUUUCAUUUGAAAACCAUGUUGAUAACCCACAGCAACAAGAAAAGAUGGCACAAUAUUGCAGAGAUAUUUUCGGUGAGAAACUCUUGAUAGACCCACUGGAAUCACACCCGUUGACUCCUGGAACUUCUCUACCAUCCCCAAAGGAUUUGCUAGGAAAAAUCAUUAUCAAGAAUAAGAAGCAAAGAACCUCACAUGAACCUCCAAAGAGGACACAAGAAGAAAAAGGUCGUUACAACAUAUACAAACGUGGAUCUAUUCCCUCAGAGUCUGGUGCAUUCUCUCCCUCUAGUGCCUCUAGUGGAUCACCUGUUACCUCUCCCGGAUUUUUCCCUUCAAAGCCUAUACCACGUAAUACAUCAUCAGGCAGUGUUGGCAAAAGCGCCGGGUCAGCUGGCAGGAAGCGUUCGGAGCCUGUUGUUGGGACUCCACACACCACGCCACCACUGACAAUGUCCCCUUCAUUGCCCAUUGGAAUAACCCCCCAAAAUGGUACUUGUUCCCCCAAUGGAACAAUCGGUACCCAAAACGGGGGAAAUCGUAUUAAGAAAAAGGGAAAACUGAUACCUACAGAAAGUGUGGAGGAAGAAACGCCACAAGAACUGAAAACGGAAUGUGAAACUCCUCCAUCGACGCCAGGACAUCGUACACCAAGGAAAAGUUCAGCACCGACUCCCACUUCUUCAUCUGCUCCAUCUCUCACUGAUAAACUGCCCAAAGAAUCAACUCUGAGUGAGGAAGGGGAUGAAAAAAAAGAUACAAAAAGUGAAACUGGAAGCGAGACUAAAGAGGAUUCAACUUCUGAAGAAAAUGCUGAACAAAAAGAAAAAGGAGACGAAGAGGUUGAUGAAGAUGAGGAGGAUGAGGAUGAAGGUCAGAUCAGUUACAAAGAGUUCGAUGAAAAUGCAAAAGAAACUGGAACAGCAGCAAGAGAAUCUGUUGCUUAUGAAGCCAUGUCUGCCCUGGUUAAUUACGUCGAACCUAUUAGAUUCAAGUCUUUCGAUAUUUCCGACAAGCGAAACCGCAGCUAUGAGAUUUCGUCAUUUACCGAAAAUGCUGCUUUGAGACUAAUUACCUAUUUUCCAAUCGAAAUCGUCAAUUAUAACAUGCGACAAUUGAGUAGAAUCUAUCCAAAGGGUGCCAGGGUCGAUUCUUCAAAUUACAACCCUCAGUUGUUCUGGAAUGCUGGAUGUCAACUUGUUGCUUUGAAUUAUCAAACUUUAGAUCCCAACAUGCAGUUUAACCUUGGUCUGUUCGAAUUCAAUAACAAUUGUGGAUAUUUGUUGAAACCAGAACACAUGAGACGAAAAGACAGACCAUUUGAUCCCUUCACACAUAAUAUAAUAGACGGUGUUGUUGCAGGGACUCUUACUAUAAAGAUCAUUUCUGGUCAGUUUGUUUCGUCAUCAAAAGUGAGCACAUUUGUUGAGGUUGAUAUGUUAGGCCUGGUGGCCGAUACAGUGAAGAAACGUUAUAAAACAUCAACAGUGAAUAAUAAUGGAACAAAUCCACAUUAUGAUUCUGAUCCAUUUGUUUUCAAAAAGAUUGUUCUUCCAGCACUCGCAACACUUCGUAUUGGGGUCAUGGACACAAAUGGCAAUUGUAUCGGGCAAAGAUUUCUUCCUGUAGAAUGUCUGAGGCCUGGAUAUCGAUACAUUACAUUGAGAAAUGAAGGAAACCAGCCAUUGACGAUGCCUUCUUUGUUUGUACAUAUCGAGGUCAAAGAAUACAUUCCAGAGAAUCUUAUAAAAUUUGCGAGCAUUCUUGCAAAUCCAAUCGAACAUGUAAAGAAACAAGAGAAAGAAGAACAGGAAAUCAGAGGAAGGCAGAACGCCUUGAAAAGAUUGCUGGAUGUUGAUGAGAUCACACAGCUUGAUCUUCCCAAUGAUGUUGGGAACGGUAACGUUGAAAAUUCAAAGCCUUUGAUUAUUCAAGGAAUGCCAGAUGAAUUGUUGCCAUCUAAACCAUCAGACAGUGUGAGAGUGUAUGUUGGUGUGACACCUAACGAUUCUUUACCUAACAAUGAAAAAGCUCAAACUCUACCAAGACAGGCAAAAGACAAACCAAACAAAGGCUUUGAUCAAUUACAAUCGUUUAAGCCUGAUGGUCUUCAAGAAAUGAAAAAACUGAAAAAUUUUGUCGACUUACAGAAAAAAUUUGAUAAGAAAAUUACAAAAGUUUUAAAGAAAUUGAGAGACGAAUAUGACGUUGUUCAUGGAAUAUAUUUCAACAAGAGUCGACGACCUUCUAUAUUCAAAAGCAUCUCAAGCAUGACAAGAAACAUGAAUCUCCCAUUUGAAAUAAAUACAGUAUUACCCCCAGAAGCAAAAAAAGAGCAUUUGUUGAUGUUGAUCCGAGAACAUUUGAAACAAGAGAAAACAGCGAGACAAAAAUUUAAUGACAUGUUCAUCAAGGAAUUUGAUGUGUUGGUGAAAGAUCGACAAGUUGUUGAACUCAAAAAGCUUGAUGAACUUUCCAAGAGUGAAAAAUCUGAAGUCACAGACCGAAAGAAUUCUGAAAAAGAUGAAAAAUUGCGCAAACUUCCGAGUGAUCUGCCCAAACAAGAAUUAUCUCGAAGAAAAAAAGAUAUCGAUGACACACUCGUUCGGGAAUGUGUUCUUGAAAUUACCUUGCUUCAAUCUGGACAAGAAAAAAGAUUGGAAAAAGUAAAGACAGAACAACAAGAGAUAUUAAUGCAAGUUGAUGAGGAAGAAAGAAAUCGUAAUGAACAUAUCAUUCGAAACUACAACCAACAGCUAAAAUCUGUAAAUGAAAUCUACGACAUCAGGCAGGUUGAAUUUUACAGGGGACGCGGCAACAAUAGUCUCACUAUAAACUCUGUCACUUACGGGGAGGCAACUAAUGAUGGUUCAGACAAAGAACCGAGACGAAGAUCUGACAGCAGAAAGAACCAACUUCCCGUUCCCGGCUUUAACAAUGAAAGAAGAUCUUCGUGUCCAAGCCUGCACUGACUUUGCUAACAGCAUGUUCUAUCUUACUCAUAAACUUUAUUUCAACUUUUUAAGUUCACUCUUAAGCGAUAAUGCUCACAAAUCGCUUAUAUAGGUGACAAAAAGAUUCAAUAUGGGAAGCGAUUAAAUGGUCGGUUAUAUUAAUAACCUAAACCAUUUGCGCGACGAAAUGUUAUAAAGCAGCGGUGUGCAGCAUGCAGCCCGAGGGCUACAACCCAGUCCGCCAAGGCAUUUAUUGUGGCCUUAGUCAACAUCCAACAAUCUUGCCCAUCAAGCAUAAAAUCAUCAUAAUCCAACAGUUUAUGUUUAAAAGUUCGCUCACAUGAGUAAAAUACAUAGUUUUUUUGCUCGCUGCUAUUAUUACUGUAAUUUGCUGUGUACUUUGAAAAUCUAUUUUUUUGUGUGGCCCAGCUAGAUGUCUGAAGUUGGUUAUACGACCAACCUACAAAAAUAAAAAUGUUGCACUCCCCCCCCCCCCCCCCUCAAAUGAUGCGAAUAUAAAGUCGUUACCUUGAAUUAAUUGGUGAUUAUUGCAAACACGCCUCAAACCAUAUUACGUCAUCCCAAAAAUGAUUUCAACACCCCGUGCAAAGUGUUUUCAGUAGUAAAUUCAGCAUAGUAUGAUUUUCACUGAAUAAAUGCGAACUACUUUAAAAAACCGACUGCGCGCAAAUUAUUGGACCAAUGCCUUAAUAUUAAGCCUUUCCCUCGCUUUUGAGUAAUAAUGGAGUUUCAUCAUUUUCUUGCAUAUUUAUUUCUUUUUACAAUAAUGGUGUUUUGUUUUAGAUUGGUGUAAAAUUACUUGAUCUGUAUGGGCAAAAACGCCAUUCUUGAUUUUGGUCUAUUCUAAAUGAAUCCAUGAUUUAAUAUUGUGAGAAUUACGUUAUGUUGACAAAUAGUUGUUUCUCAAACUCCCAGGAAAACUAAACUGCAUUGUACCAAGCCCCGUGCCCACCGUAUGUUAAUAAAAUUAGUACAUACAUUGUUUUUUGCAAAUCUCCGCUUAUUUUUAACAUCUGUUGGGAAUAAACACGUUAUAAUUCGGCUAAGAUCGUAACCCGAGUAAGUUUUGAUAAAAAGAAAAUUCAGAUUUAGUAAAUUGAAUGUUUAAGUAGACGAUAUUUUGUUGAUCGGGCAUCGAGAGUCGGCUGGAUGGAAAAUAAUACAGAUCCCGCGUUGACAUAAACUAGAAAAUACGAGUCCCGAGGAAUUAAUAAUUCAAGUAAAAAUAGUGAAUUCUAAUGUUUUUAUAUUUGAAUAUUAACGAUGAUAAGACAAGUUUGAUGAAAAUUCCACAAAAUUUUUUGAUAAAAAUUUUCGAACCCCACUUAUGCAGUUUAGGUUUUUAUUGUAACGUGGUGAUCUGCGAAAAAGAAGGCAUUCAAGUUUUUGUUUACCUCGGCAAUUUGCGGGAAAAGAUUCUGAAAAUAAUCAGUAUCACACGAAAACUCAGAUUAUUUGUAUUAUUAUAAAACCUCGCUUCCUGACAUAAAUGUGACCACCAUAAUCCAGCUGGAGGUCUCAUUGCUUCCUAAGUCCGCUUACUUCUCUUCUUUUCAAUCAACUUAGCGAAUUUUUCUUUAUGGUUAACUUUUGAUACUUUCCAUUUGUUAUUAACUUAAUCCUGAAAUAGGCAAACUAAAAAAAUAGCUCAAAGAAUUUGUUAGGGUUGGGAUUAAAUUUAGUUUUGACACGAAGCUUAUUGUUUUUCACUUUUGCAACACUGUAAAUAUGGUUCAUGAAAUGUAACUUUACAUCAUACUUACAUGGCCCGCCAGUCCAGAUGGGCAAAUUAUUUGGCCCCAGGUCCAAAAACCUUGCACAUUUCUGAAAUCACUUACUUCAUAU